UUACUUAAAAUAGGCAUGUAAAGUCACGUCAAAUUUUAACACUCAUUAACAAAUAUAUGGAAUACUAAUAAUAAUGCAUUGUAUUAAGUCAUAAUAUGAACACUUCACUCAGUUAAUAGUAACACACCAUUUUGCAGUGUGAUAAACGUUUCAAGUUCCACUUUUACUUUUAGUAAACCAUAAUUGCAUUUCAGUUAUGCUUACGGUCGAAUUAGUAACAGUAUAGUUCAAUAAGCUACUCCAUCCUGUGGGAAGAGUUUAAAAUUUAAAUUUACGUCUUUAGCCUUCGGCUUGUUCUUUCUUACAACUUUAAAUUUCAAAUGUUUAUCACUAUAGUUUAUGAUAAGUGAUAAUAUACUAAAGCCAAGGUGUUUGGACAAGAAUGGCUACAAAGAAAUUAGCAAAAGAACUUGGUCUUCUGAGACAACAUAAUGGUAAGAAAAAGCAAGAAAUGGAUACUCAACAUUCAAGAUCUGAAAAGGAAAAAGGGCAAUUCUUUGACUAUUUGAUUGUGAUAGAUUUUGAAUCAACAUGUUGGGAGGAUAAAGGCAAAGCUCAUUUGUGUCAGGAAAUCAUUGAAUUCCCAGCUGUCUUUUUGAACUUGGUUACUGGAGAUAUUAUUGAACAAUUUCAUACCUACAUUCAGCCAAGGGAACAUCCAAAACUGAGUGAUUUCUGUCAAAAAUUGACUGGUAUUUCUCAGGACCAAGUUGAUGAGGGAAUUCCACUUCCAACUUGCCUUGGGUUAUUCAAACAGUGGCUUAAAAAUUUGGUCCAGAAAUACCAUCUUGUGUUCCACAGCAACUACACAUCAUCUACUAAUGGCUGUCAUUGCACUUUUGGUACAUGGACCAGUUGGGAUCUAGGGGUUUGUUUGCACUCAGAAUGCAAGAGGAAACAGCUUAACAAGCCUGCUGUUUUGAAUUCAUGGAUUGAUUUAAAAAUCACAUAUCGGAAAUUCUAUUCUCGUACACCUAAUGGUUUACGAGGAGCCAUUGAAGACCUUGGUUUGUGCUUUGAAGGAAGAGAACAUUCAGGGAUAGUUGACAGCAUGAACACUGCUAAAUUAGCCUUCAAAAUGGCCCAAGAUGGAUGUUAUUUGAACAUAACUCAUUCAGAUACUCUGAAACAUCCAGUAACAGACUGAAGUGAGAAGGUACUUGGAAAUCAAUUUGUGAAUCUUGUCCUGAGACAUCACUCAAUGUAUCUCCUAAAUGUUUUCUGGAAAACCAAAUCAUCAAUUAUUUUCUUACAGAAAAAAAGAUUAGCUGUUUCUUCUGUGGCCAAGCAAGUUUCAGUUAUGGAGUUCAUAGAGAGUCUUGUUGGAUGUUUAAUCAGAAUGUGCAAGAGAGAAGUGAAAUAGUAAAUUUAAAGCUGAGAACACUAAGUAAUUUUGACACCAAAAAAUUAAUCAUAUGUUUUCAUGUUCAAAAAUAAAAAUGUUUAUAAAGGCAUUGUCUAAACAUUUUUCUCCUUUGGAUCAUUUAACAAAUCAAGAAUAUGAGAAUAAAACAACUGCUGAAGAAGGUCCUUAAGGUUGCUACAUCUAGCAGCUUCAAAAUACCCAAAUAGAACACAACAAAACAGCUGAAAAUUGCUAGUAUAUCAACAUUGCACAAGUAGCACACUCCACCACUAUGUUACUGCU